AUGUCCACUAUUAAGACUUUAAUUGGUGUGGCCAUAAAGAAGCAGUGGUCUCUGUUCCAGCUUGAUAUCAGUAAUGCUUUCUUGCAUGGUGAUCUUGAUGAAGAGGCUUUCAUGAAGCUUCCCCCUAGUCUGUCUGUUCCUGCCUCCACAUCUUCUUCUACAUCUUUGGUCUACAAGCUCCAAAAAUGCUUUUAUGGGUUGCGGCAAGCUUCUAGACAAUGGUAUGCUAAGCUAUCUCAAGCCCUCUCUUCUAGAGAUGACAUCAUCUUAACCGGUAUUGACUUGACAGAAAUUUCUGUCCUAAAGAGCUAUCUCCAUGAUCGGUUCAAAAUCAAGGACUUGGUCUCCUUAACUACUUUCUUGUUGAAAGCCAAGGAAGGUGAACUUUUACCUAAACCUGAAGAGUAUACAAGUGUUAUAGGCAAGCUGAAUUUUUUAACCCAUACCAGACUUGACCUCAGCUUUGCAGUCCAGCAUUUGAGUCAGUUCAUGCAGCAGCCUUGCCUCCCACACAUGAAGGCUACUCUUCACCUUCUCAGAUAUCUCAAGGGUUCUGCUGAUUCAGAGAUCUUUUACAAUAAUGAUCCUGAUAUGUCUUUGAAGGUAUUUUAUGAUAGUGACUGGGCCUCUUGCCCUAACAGUAGGAGGUCAGUCACUGGUUUCUGCAUCUUCCUUGGUGGUAGUUUGGUGGGUUGGAAGUUUAAGAAGCAACCUGUGAUUUCUCUUUUCUCAACAGAAGCAGAGUACAGAUCCAUGAGCAAGGCAGUGACUGAAGUCACUUGGUUGUCCAGGCUGUUCUAUGAUUUUGGUGUGCUUCUUCCCUCACCUGUGCCUAUAUUUUGUGAUAGCUAG